GGCUUUUUCUCUUUUUCUCUCCUUCAUGGCGCCGCCCUUUGAUUCUCCUUGAGUACCUGCGCCUGCUCUGCGCAUAGCUGGAGCCUUUGCCGUGAUUGUUUAUUCACCGUCUCGCUUGUGCUCUUUCCGAACUUAUUCCCGUCUCCAUUUGCUCAUGCUGUAUCGCUAUUGAAGCAUCGCCGAUCUGCACAUCGGCAGAGCUCCACCAUUGGAAGCUCCAAGCAUGUCGUCCUCAGUGUUAGGGUUCUCGCCGUGGCGGAAGAGAGCUCCCAGCCUGGCCUCGCAAACGGAGCAAUCGCAGCACGACCGUGCGGAUACAGCUAACCACGCCGAGAGCUCGAUGCUGGAAGCCGGGAAUUCGCAACAUCAACUAUUAUCCUCAUCCGUGGGAUCUGCGCAAGGCUAUAGGGAGCCUAUCCGAUCAUUCAUCCAUGCCUCAGUACGAGAUCAAUUGGCACCGGUCGACAGCGCGCAGAUUGCGAGGAGUGUCCGCGAAGAUACAGCUGAGCUAGCGAGCUAUUUGCUGUCCGAUGGCUCGACACAGCGUCGCCCGAGUUUUCUCCAGAGAAACAGACCGUCAUCUCAAGAAGGCUUCGGGCCAGAAUUUGGUGAUGCUGACUCCAUUGAGGGAAGUAUGCGGCGUUCCUCGGGGACUAUCCUCGAAGUCUCUGAACCGCCGUCGCCAGAAGAACAAGAAGAUGUACAACGAGCUGGGGAGGAAGAGGGACCUUCUGCGCUUGCUAAUUUGCUUAAGAGAUCGUCUCCCCCAUCGUCGUUGCCAGAGCAAACCAGCAUCCCGCAAGGUCGAUUCAAGAAUAUCGACGCUGAGCAAGCCCAAUCCUCGCCAAUCGACGAGUCUCGGCAUCGUCCAGAAGUAGCCGAAACGGAAGAUUCAGAACGUACCCCUCUUCUUGGUAGACAAGCAUCUGGAUCGGGAGACAGUACCAGUGUUGAUCUCGAAGGGCAAAAGACGCUGGCUCGGACGAGAUGGCUGCGCGGACUUGUUGAGCGGCGCCAGAAAGCGAAGCACCAUGUCAUUCGGAUGGCAAAGAUAGCCUCCAGCCCUCGUAGCUGGAAUGGAAAGGCUAUUUGGGAGACUGCUGUUGUCGAUCCAGUUUCUUGUCUUCCAGCGGUCGCAGUCGGUUUGCUACUGAACAUCUUAGAUGCCUUGUCAUAUGGUAUGAUCUUGUUUCCGCUUGGAACACCUCUUUUCUCCCACUUAGGAUCUGCUGGUAUUUCUAUAUACUAUGUCAGCACAAUUGUGGCGCAACUCGUCUUCUCUACAGGCAGUAUAUUUAGAGGCGCGGUGGGAUCUGAACUGAUAGAAGUUGUCCCCUUCUUUCACAACAUGGCGGCUAAGAUUUUGGACAUUGUUGGUGAAGACAACCCUGAUGCGGUUAUCGCCACAACAAUUGUCGCCUAUGCUCUAAGCUCCAUGCUGACUGGCUUGGUAUUCUACCUCAUGGGGAAAUUCAAAUUUGGCUACAUGGUUGGAUUCAUCCCCAGGCAUAUCCUGAUAGGAUGCAUAGGUGGUGUUGGGUGGUUCUUAAUAGCUACGGGUUUCGAGGUUUCAGCUCGACUAGAAGGGAGUCUGGAGUAUAACCUCGACACAUUGGAGAAGCUCUUUGAAACCAAAACUAUACCGCUUUGGACAUGCCCUCUGAUUUUGGCUAUUAUCCUCUUCUAUGGUCAGAUGAAAGGCGCAUCCAAAUACUUCCUCCCCUUAUUCAUAUUGGCUAUUCCCCUCAUCUUUUAUCUCUUCGUUUUUUCGCUUGACGUAUUGGACCCGAACACGCUCCGAGAUCACGGGUGGAUCUUCGUGGGACCUCCGCCAGACGAACCUUGGUGGUACUUCUAUACCUUGUACCAAUUUCAACUGGUACACUGGGGAGCCAUCGUUGAAGUGAUCCCGGCCAUGUUCGCUUUGACUUUCUUUGGCAUUCUUCACGUCCCUAUCAAUGUCCCUGCGUUGGCGCUCAACUCUGGAGAGGACCAUGCCGAUUUGGAUAAAGAGUUAAAGCUUCAUGGUUAUUCCAAUUUUUUUUCAGGUUGCAUAGGCAGCAUUCAAAAUUACUUGGUUUAUGCCAACACGGUCUUUUUCCUCAGAUCUGGAGGUAACAGGCGGCUUGCUGGUUAUAUGCUUGCGCUUCUCACCUUUGGUGUCAUGGUUAUUGGGCCUAGCAUCAUUGGAUGGAUUCCUGUCAUGAUGGUUGGAACGCUGAUUUUUGACCUUGGAUUUGAGCUUCUGCUUGAGGCGGUAUGGCUGCCACGAAAGAAGCUCAGGCCUGCAGAGUACCUCACCGUCAUUGUCAUUGUUCUUGUCAUGGGUAUCUACGAUUUUGUGGUGGGCAUUGGUGUUGGGAUAUUGCUAGCAUUUGUCUCACUCAUAAUCCAGACAUCGAGAGUGUCGGCUAUUCGUGGAUCCUAUGAUGGUGACGUCGUUACUUCUACCGUCAGACGCAAUCCAUCGCAAGACAACUACCUGCAAAAAGUCGGACGGCAAAUCUACAUCAUGAAACUCACAGGAUAUCUGUUCUUCGGCACAGUCGUCAGCGUGGAAGCCAAGAUUCGAGCACUGCUAGACGAGCAUGCGUUUGCACAGAAGCCUAUUAAGUUCCUCAUCCUAGAUAUGUGGCAUGUUAGUGGGCUUGACUAUUCUGCGGGCGAAGCCUUUAACACAAUUAGCCGGAUAUUGAAUAAAAAGGGCGUGCAAUUUAUGUUGAGUGGCAUAGAUUCCGAUAGCGAACUAGGUCGGAGUCUGCGAGCUGUGGGACUGGGAAGCGGGAGCAUCGAGGUCAUGAUGUUGCCUGAUUUGAAUUCAGCCCUGGAAAGCUGCGAAAACGAGUUGCUGAAGACUCUCUACGCCAGGCAAGAGGAGCUGAACUCGGCGAAGAGUAGUACAGAGAAUUUAGAUGUCCCGACAACAUCGACAGCGUUGGCCUCUUUCGAUGCACCGUUCAACUCUCCGCGCCGCAACUAUCUUGCAGAGGCGGCCCAUGACGCCCUCAACAGUGUUGAAAUUCAGCGUCGGUCUAGAUGGCAGAGUUUUAAUGAACCGCUGCGACUCAUGCUGCAGAUUUUCCAGGGGCUAAGCGACAAGAAUGAAGACUUUUGGUUCCAAGCAACACCCUACUUUACGCGUAAGGAGUACCCUGCUGGGACGAUCCUAUUCAAACGCGGCGAGCCUGCAGAUGGCUUCUACCUUCUCGAGCGUGGUAUCAUCAGAGCAGAGUAUGACCUCCCUCAAGGUUGGCUUUGUGAAAGCAUUGUGGCGGGCACUACAUUGGGCGAGCUGCCUUUCUUCUCCGAGACGAGUCGGACGGCAACAGCACAAGUCGAGAGAGACUGCACUGUAUGGCUGAUGGAUCUAGAGUCCUGGAGGAAGCUUCAGCAGAAAGAACCCGAAAUUGCAAGAGAGUUUCUCAAGAUUUCGCUGAAGUUGACGAGCGAGCGCAUGAGUGCUAUCACGUCGUAUAUUUUGACUACAGCUGGAUAACUGGGGAAACGGUACUUUCUACUGAAUGUUGCAUUUGAAAGAAAGAAUGAGGGGGAGAGGAGAGGAAGAUGAAGCUGCAUUGUUGGAUUUUCUGAUUUAGCGUAAAUGAAAUUUAUAGCGAGAUCUAAUGUAUUUAUUUUC